AUGAGUCUUGAAGACCUGGUUGUUCGUCUUUUGAUUAAGGAGGACAACUGCAAGUCUUCGGGGAAAGCCCCGAUGAUGGAAGGUCGUGCUAACUUGCUAGUCACCUGCCACAACUGUGGCAAUCCGAACCAACUAAGGAGGUUGGGCCAAAAAGAGUGCAACCGAGUGCCUGUGCUGAGUGAAGUGAUCGACUUUGAUAAGAUUACUAAAGGGUUUAGAGUAGAUUGUGUCCAUUCUCUGAAAGUCAAUGUCUCUCCUUACCAAGCUUGGAGAGUUAAGAAGUUGGCCCUGCAUCAGCUUAAAGGUAGCUUCAAUGAUCAAUACAAGUAUCUUUGGCCAUUUGCCCAUGAAGUGAGGAGGUCCAACCCAAGCUCCACAAUGAUAUGGGAAAUUUGGGGUUGGCUUAUUAGAGUAUUGAAGAGUGAUUUGGAAAUUCAAAAUGACUCCGAGUGCACUUUUAUGUUUGACCAGAAAAAGGUCUCAUCCAAGCUUGUAAUGAGGUAUUCCCUAAUGGUGAACACGGGCACAAAACUUGCAACUGUGAAUGACUUCCAAAGGAGGAUGGAUGCAUUAGAGGAAUUGGACAAAGAUGCACAUUAG